CUCCGAAUGGCGUGGUCUCCUAAGGGGUGACGUGAAGCGAGGAGGUUCCCCGUUACAUCAUGGUCAGGAGCAUACCAUAAAGGAGAUCAAUCAUCAUCACAUUGCUGGAGAUUAGUACGUCUUACGCCUUACGCCUCUAUACUAUUUUCUCCCUUGUUCUUGUGUUGCAAGAGUCAUGCGACCGGUUCUUGCACUCUCUCGGGGCCUCCCCGCAUGCCCCCGCGCGAUCAAUCCCCGUCGGCCCAACCUCCCGCAGAGUUUCUCCUCGUCGGCGAGAGUCGCUCGUUGGAAUAGCACGACAAGUAAUGGAGAAGGCGCGCACAAAGACGGUUCGAAAUCAGGGUCAACAUCGAGCUCUUGGUCGGCAGGUCGGGUGGCUCUUGUCUCCGCUUUGGCCGCGGGAGUUGGUUACACCUUAGCGACCACCACGCGGUCGACACCGUCGCAAAAGUCCAGUCCACUCCAGUACGGGUCAGUGGCGGAUUUCGAAAAGGCGAUCGCAGAAGUCAGAUCCAAGCUAGGCGAAGACGUGGUCAGCACCGACGAGGAUGACCUCCAACUGCAUGGCUUUUCCGAAUGGUCCAGUGUCAACGCGGAGCGCCUCCCCGUCGCCAUUGCGUAUCCCAAGUCCACAGAAGAAGUCUCCGAGAUUGCCAAAAUCUGCCACAAAUACAAGAUGCCCAUGGUUCCUUACUCCGGGGGUUCCAGUCUCGAAGCCAACUUCUCCGCUCCCUACGGGGGGAUGACGAUCGAUUUCGCAGACAUGAAUAAGAUCUUGGAGCUGCAUGAGGAUGACUUGGAUAUCGUCGUGCAGCCUUCCAUUCAGUGGAUGGACUUGAACGAGAAGAUCAAGGAUAGCGGUCUGUUCUUCCCCGUUGAUCCUGGCCCGUCGGCUAUGAUUGGUGGUAUGAUCGGCACGAACUGCAGCGGGACGAAUGCGGUGCGAUACGGCACCAUGAAGGACUGGGUGAUCAACCUGACCGUGGUUUUGGCGGACGGUCGCAUCAUGAAGACCCGGAAGCGUCCGCGCAAAACCUCUGCAGGCUACAACUUGACGGGACUGUUUGUCGGCUCGGAAGGAACUCUGGGAAUAGUCACCGAGGCCACACUCAAGCUGGCACCGGUCCCGGAACAAACCCGAGUCGGGGUGGUGUCUUUCCUGACGAUGCACGAUGCAGCGUCUACUGCUAUGCAGUUGAUCAAAAAGGGUAUCCCCGUGCAGUGCAUGGAAAUCUUAGACGAUGUCCAGAUGGACGUGAUCAACCGCGCCGGCGGCACAGGGCGGUCGUGGAAGAAGCAGCCUACUCUUUUCUUCAAGUUCUCGGGAACAACCGCUGGGGUUGCCGAUAGCAUCGCCCUGACCACCAAACUCGCCCAAGGGAAUAAGGCUGAUACCUUUGAGUUUGCCAAAACCGAGCGAGAGGCACAUGACCUAUGGUCCGCGCGGAAACAGUCGUUAUGGAGCAUGAUGGCGCUGAGAAAGGAGGGUUCCGAGAUCUGGUCGACUGAUGUCGCUGUGCCGGUCUCCAGGCUGCCGGAAAUCAUCGACAUCUCCAAGAAGGAGCUUGACGAUUUGGGGUUGUUCGCUAGCAUCCUCGGACAUAUCGGCGACGGAAACUUCCACUCGAGUAUCAUGUACGAUCGGAAUGACCCGGUAGAGCGGGAGCGCGUCGAGAAGGUCGUCCACGAUAUGGUUGACCGCGCUCUAGAAAUGGAAGGCUCGUGCACUGGCGAGCAUGGCGUUGGGUUGGGUAAGAAGGGCUCUCUCCGCAAAGAGCUCGGCCCGUGUACAAUUGACGUGAUGCGGAGCAUCAAGAGGUCCCUCGACCCUAACUGGUUGCUGAACCCUGGCAAGAUCUUUGACCAUGAAAGUGAACCGGAACAAUAA